UGAGUGCUUACUGCCCACGAGACAAAAUAAUCUCCACGUUCUGCUGCAUUUCUAUUCUAACUUUUAAAUAUUUGUCUAGUUAAUUAACUAAUUGUUUACUACUGACUAGUGCAUUAGCUAAAAUGUCAGUUCCAGAAGAUCCGUUGGUUGUUUCCACGGCUGUCGGUAAGCACAGCCGUGGGAAAGGUCUCUCGUCCAACUUGGAUGUCAAGAUGGGAAUUCGGAAGACGAAGAUUCUUAGGAAAGAGGCGAAAAUUGUAUCCGGGGUAGAACGUGCGGCACGGUCGGAAAUUCUUCUAGUUGAGGACUCUGGUGGGAUUGAAGUGGACGAAGGGGAACACACUCUGCAGCUUAAGCAGUUUGACAUCACCAAAAAGAUUGAUAUUGCAUCUGCCACGAAAGGAUUUCACCUAUCGUUGGACGAGUUUGGACCUUACAAGCUACGAUACACAAAUAAUGGACGGUAUCUCGUGCUGGGUGGCAGAAAAGGUCAUAUUGCCGCGUUUGACUGGGUUACAAAGAAUUUGAUGUGUGAAAUUGGCGUGAGGGAAAGUGUCCACGAUGUGGUGUGGCUGCAUAAUGAGAAUAUGUUUGCUGCAGCCCAAAAGGAAUGGACUUAUAUUUACGACAAUCAGGGUAUAGAAAUUCACUGUUUAAAAAGUAUGGAUAGGGUUAUCAAUCUCGACUUUCUACCAUAUCACUUCCUACUUGUCGGGGGACAUCAGUCUGGUUACCUAAGUUGGGUAGACGUCUCGAUUGGAAAGAUUGUAUCCCAAUUUAAUGCUCGCAGUGGACCUGUAGCUAUAAUGACUACCAACCCCGCAAAUGCUGUAGUUCACUGUGGUCACACAAAUGGAACAGUUUCCCUGUGGGCUCCUACCGUCCGAAAAUCUUUGGCGUCUAUUUUGUGCCAUGGUUGUCCUCUAUCCGCUGUAGCGGUUGAUAACGUCGGACGACUUAUGGCAACAAGUGGACGAGAUGGAUCUAUGCGUAUUUGGGACUUAAGAAAUUCAUACACACCCCUUCUCUCAGUCAAAGUAGGCAUAUCGUCAUUAUUACAGUUUAGUCAGCGAGGACUUUUAGCUAUGGCUACUUCCACUGAUGCAAUGAUAUUUUCAGAAGUCAGUCAUAAAACCAAGCCAUACUUAAAGCAUGUUGCCAAUAGCCAGAUCAGUUCUAUGCAGUUUUGCCCUUUUGAGGAUGUGUUAGGGGUUGGAACGAAUCGUGGCUUUGACUCUGUAAUUGUGCCAGGUGCUGGUGAACCUAACUUUGACGCACUUGAAAGAAAUCCAUAUCAAUCCAAAGGCCAACGCUGUGAAGCAGAAAUCAAAGGACUUCUUGAAAAGAUUCAACCUGAACUCAUUACGCUUGACAACAACAUUUUGGGUGAAGUUGAUACACACGCAGUUAGCAGUAGUUUGGACAAGAAACCGAAUUACGUGAAGAAGAAAGACAUUCAAUUAGCUCAUCGGAAGAAGAGGAAAAAUGCAAAACUCCCAAAAAUCAAGGAAGGCUUGCGAACAGAGCUCAAUCUUAAACUGGCAAAGAGUGAACAUCAGACUAAGAAACGCGAAGAGCAGUCAAAGAAAACUAUUCAAAUGUCCGAUGACGACCCACUAUCUCGAUUUGCCAAGAAAUCCAAGUAAAGUUGAUGCGCAACGUUAUUUUACAAAUACUGUUUUAAUUAGAAUUAUACGAAAUUUAGUAAUUGAUCGUUUGUUUUACUAUUAUAUUGUUAUUUUAGAAUCUUCAUAAUUAUGCUUUGUAUAUAAUAAUAAUAACGGACCGCUGUAUAUUUUUCUAUUUUCGUUAUUAUUUUCACAACAUUGCAAGUAAUGAAGGUCAUCAUUUAAGACAAACCGAAUAAUUGGAACUUCUUGUUAAUUAAAUAUAAAGUAUUGUUAUACUAAUACAUGCACAAAAUCAUUAUACAAAUGUUGACAUCUUCAAUUCCUUUACACGCUACAUGUCAAUCAGUGAAGCGAUAAGCCCACAAUAGUGGUGUGGUGGAUGGCUGGAUGAAUAACUACAUAAAUUAGUAAUGAUAAACUCAAAUGUGAUAAUGGGGUUAGUUUUUUCCUGUUGCAUAAUAUGCAAUGAACCACUUACAAUUUGGAACGCAAGCCUUUUGUCUUAAAUAUGAUAAUGAAUUUAUAUCAUUCAA